AUGUUCUUCAUUACGCCUCAAAAAGAACACCUUGUCUACACGAGCGAGACCGGGCCCGAGCACGGCCCAUCGAAGAAGCGAAGGCACCAACACUACCAGCCGGAGCCGCCAUCAACCCAAGAUGUGGCCAGCGGAUACUAUCCCCGACGUAUUCCGAAGGCUUGCGAUCGAUGUCGAGUGAAAAAGGUGAAAUGCAGUGGGGGCAAGUUGUGCAAACGAUGCGAGUCAGACGGCGUGGUCUGCAUCACGACCGUGAACUCGGAAGAAGAACAAGGUCCGGUAGAAGCGCGACAGUACCAUCUCGUCGAGUCUCAGCGCGACCGCCUGCUGCAGAUUAUCUCAGAAAUCCUCCACGGCAAGGAUGAAAAUGAGGUUGCGAGACUGCGUGGAUUGCUCAGCAACAUGGGGUUGUCAGUGAAGAAUCUCCCGCUCAGCUCAACAACGACCAAUGACGCCAUUCAACCCGUUGUCUUGGACAUGGCGGCGCUCGAGCAAGUCUCCGGCCCUGCGUGGCUCGGACUUUGUACCCAGCUUGAAGACAAAGAGCCGCUCGGCCAGUGGUCCGAUUUCAGCGACGUGUAUCCCGCAACGCUGCCGGGGGUCUCAACGAACGCAGAUGUACCAUUUGACUCGGAAGCACUGCCGCAGACAGACACGUUCAACUUUGAUGAAAUCGUCGAUUGGGAUUCCUUCCAUACAUUGGGCUCCGUGGCGAAUCAACCAUGGCCCGGGCCAGCACCUGACACGGGCGAUCCCCAUCAGUCCGUCCCGACAAAUCCGCAUCCGCCAUUAUGA